UCUAUAUACAUAGAUAACGGAUGAUGUAUUAUUUACAAAAGCUUGGGUGAUAUAACAAAGGAUACUAUCGCCAUUGAACUCUCUGAACCCUGAAGGGUGAAGAACAAAAGGUUGGAAAAAGAAUUACUGCAAUCACGGCGAGAAAAAUGCUUGAUUGAAUUUUCACAUCCCUGGAAAUAGCGCUUGGUUGGUUGGUUCAGCCUUCAUAUUUGCUUCAGACAACGAUACAAGCGCAUCGGAGCGCGCGCGGUUGGAUAAAAUUUGUGCUGCCUAGGUCUUCGCAUCGAUAAGAGGGGAAAAAAGUAAUUUGGCCGUUCAGUCGCGUUUUAUAGCUGCUAAAUCCAGCAUCUUAUCAGAGACCCCUUGUAUCAGAUAUAUACCUACAGUACAAGUGUUAUUGUUUAUGCAAUGGACAAUCAUCGAUGGAAUAAUUUCUGGUGAAGCUGAAGAACUCGCCCGCUCUCUUUUACUUCUGUGUCCAAUCGCUGCGAAGAGAUUGUGGACUCUGCCAAUUUGCACUUUCUGCCUGAGGCGAGGAAGAGUUUUCAAUGAAAUAUUUCGCCGUGUCGCCUGUACUCCAUUUGUAAAAACCGAAUGUGAGAGAGAAGGGACAGGCGCAUAGUCUGUGUGUCAUCGCUGAAUGUGGAACAGGGCUAGGAUCCCCCAGUUCAUCGCAUUGUUUGGGGUACACAAAAGCGUGCUUUUGUCACAUGGUUUAAAAGACACCUCUUCUCGUGUGCGCUGAUGUGUGGCGGCUUAAACAAAAAUGUGGAACACACCUCCAAAUGUGUGACAGAACUUAGACGUGUAGAUUUCACUGUGGGAUAUAUAUUUAUAUGUUGUUAAUUUUUUCUGAUUUCUCUCAGUUUCAAAUUCGACCAGUGUGUAUAGCGUUGUGUGAACUGAAAGUACAGUGUUAAAACAUGGAGGUCCCCUUGUGGAAGUUUAUUUUAUCCAUACUCGUGUUCAUUACUCCAGCCUGGGCCUGCACGUUUCCAAAGGACUGGCAAGGGGCCUGGUACCAGAAUGUGUUUGGGGAGCUGACCAUAUCCGACACCGAAAUUUCCAGGAAAGGAGUUUGCACAGCAAACGUGGGAAAUAAAUACGUUGUCUAUAGCAGGGAACAAGAAUGCUACAGGUGUCUCGUAAUCUUUCCGUGGCACCAAAAUGUGAUCCAAUAUAAAGAGAGUUUUUGUCAAAGAGAGAAAUCGUUGGAGGUAGCUUGUCGGAGAAUCAAAGGGGACGAACCGCUCCAUACAAUUGUCAAAGUGCCUGGAAAACCUGAGACCUGUCCGUUUCAAGGGAGAUAUUCCUUUUCCUACAUGCAUAACGGAAAAGGACCUUGCAGUAACCCUCAGUCCGAAAUCCACGCAUGCGCUGACGAGUCUAAAUUUAAGUUUAUUUACAAAGCUUGCCCAGGAAUCCCAAACACUAAAGAAAGAGAAGUAUAUUUCCAAUGUUUGGCCACUUGGGAAAACGGCGAGAAAUAUUUGUAUGGCAGAUUUAGUGGGCCAGAGCUCUCAGACAGAGCCGAUAUGUACCGGUGUUUUAUGCACAGCCUCUUUGGUUAUGGGGGUGACAUGUCUAUGUCAGCUGAUGCCUCUUGUCAGGGUCUCCAGAGCCCAACUGUAGGGACGUCAACAUUGGCCCUAGAGAGGUUUCCUACUCCCGUCAUGCAAUGCAGAUUUCCAGAGGUAUUUGAAUACAGGAAAGUUUGGCGUGACCUCUCUGGAAGCACGCAGAUAGUCGUCGAUGAUCAAAUGCAGGUCAUCAGAAUUCGAGAUGCUUCCCAAAGUUACUCGCUAAAUUCCGACGAAAGCGGAAGUCAGGAAGUCAAACUUGUCAUGCGCUGUCGAACGUCUCAUGGAACCGGAGGAAUUCAGAAAUAUGUCGUUCACACGACGACAAGUGAAUGCGAGUCUAACUAUAGGUGCCUACUUAUAAAGAAGAGAGAUUCCGAAGGCAAAGUCUUGGAGAUGGAGCUAGGGCAGCCAUUUAAUGACGAGUUCACAGCUUGUGAUGACAGAACCUUCACAACCGGAGAUAAACGGAUAUUGAUUGGUGAUGACGUCAAGCCAACAAAUUGUCCCGUACAGGCUGCUGGCAGCUUUGGGUUCACAGACAAAACUUCCGACUGCAAAGGCCAGUUCAUCAUUGGAUGCAGUUCACCGCAAGAAAUUGUCAUACAGAAAAAAUGUCCCAUAAACCUUGAAUCAGUGAACAUCUGGAGAUGCCUUUCCGAUUGGAAGGAAGGCAAUAACACCCAUUAUGUGAUGGUCCAGUCUCCAAAGUUACUCAAACCUGCCAUGUGCCUGUCUUUCACAAUAACCGACAACGGGAUUGAGGUGCAGGAGGAUGAAUACUGCAUGAGGAAGGCCACAGUCAGUAGAUCGUCCAUCAAUUACUUGCUGUUUCGACCUAAAGAAAAUUGCAAUCCAAACACGCAUUCAUCAAUCACGGAAACCCCGAGUGACAUGACGUCAGAUCGUACGAAAACGUCACCAGACAAAACGGGAGUUGAUCGUAUUCAGGGUUCAGAGGGCGUCAUAAACGCCGACAACGCCAGCAGCCGAAUCUCUGUUUUGCCUUGUGUUGUUUUAUUAAUAUCUUUUGUGACAAUGUUAUGCUUUGGUAGGUGAUAAUUGAACUCCCCCAAAAACAGUUCUCCUUCUUUCUCGAAAUGCCUCGUCCCCACGUGCUGUUCUAUAUGUGACUUCAUUCCAUAACAAUUCACAUGAUACUAAGUAUCGGACCAAUCCGCAUCAUCCUUUUAUCAUAGUUUCGGUUCCAAGCCGAACACAAGUGAAGGACUGCAUGUUAAACAGCAUAAUAUUUGAGCAUUUGAAUCUGAGAAGAAACUUCUGUAAGCAAAUGACAUGAUCAACAAACUUUUAAACGUUGAGGACAUUUGCGUGAGGUGAAAGAAACAUAAAACAAACAAAAGGCAAAAUUAAAACUAGGAACUCUUGCCGUAUCAACUUGCCAAUAGUGCUAUCGGUGUGAGACCGGAAGUGGAAUCCAUGGAACAUUUGUGUGGUGUCCAUUGGAGGAUUUAUCUAAUUGUGAUAUAUUUAUAUUAUUUGUUUUCUUUUUUUUUUUUGUUUCGUGCUUUUAGUCCCAGAUUGGAUGGAACUAAGACACGGUGCUAAACCUAUUUAUGUUGUUGGAUCUCAUGGCAAGUUAUCAUCAGUAUGAAAUACAAACAACUCUUGUUCACUUCAUUAUCGCUGCUUUUUUGCCAUUCCUUCCAUGGAGUCUUACCUCUGUACACUGGGGUUUAAGUAAAUGUAAAAGCUUCUCAUUUAUAGAAUUUUUAAGCAACUAGAAUAUAUAUAGAGAUGUCAGAACAAGAAUUGUAGAUGAGAUUAAUUUUUUUUUUCAUUCAUUCAAGGAAAUACUCAACAACACAAUUGUAUGGCACUUCAUUUUCAUUUUUUUAUAUAAAUUAUUUCGAGGUUUUUCGAAAAUUAACUUAAAAGAAUACUAAAGUGAGAUUAAUUUUUUUGAAAAAUGUUUGGAGGAAAAAUACUCAUUUAGGAUAAAUAUUUACAAGAUAACACAACGAGGACGCCAUUGGACAUUCCUGGAAUGUUUGACGGAAUGGAGAAACUAUCUGUGUGCCGUGUUUUUGGAACACCCUUUACAUUCCCUUGUUCAUUCAUCUUUACAGUUAAUAAGAAAAUAUUCAUUUUUUGUCCAUUGAAAAACGGUCUUGUGUGCAAUAGGAAUAUCUGAGGCGAAAUUUUGCAUUGAAUAUUCAAUAUUCAGAAAUCGAAUUCUGUUUGGUUUCAUUUGAGCAUAAUACAUUGUAUAUACAUAUAUAUACAUACAUGAACCUGUAUUUCAUAUGCGGUAACUUACAAUAUUGUCACAUAUUUUUUGCAACGAAGAACUUUUGAGUUACCAGUAAGUAUAUUGUGUUUUCCAGGUGUAUAAGUGGAGAGAUAGAAAAAUAGUUGGGCGUCGAUUGGUUGAUAGUUGAUAGGUGGUUGAUUGAUUGGUUGAUGAGAGUGUUCGGUUGAUAUCUUCUGUUAUGUAUAUGAAUGUGGUCGUUCCAAAUUAUAUAUUGUUUCGUAUGUUUGCCAUUCAAUUGUUAUACCGCUACAAUUUUUAGUUCUCUUUGGAUUUAGUAAACCUCGGGUGCAGGGUGGGGUCGAGAAUGAAAGUUAAGGCAGGAAAAGUUUACACGUGCUCCGACAAAUAUCAUUUAAAGUUAGGGAAAACUAUUAGCCUUCUUUUAAAAAUGCCGGUAUUAUUUUAUACGGAGGAGUGGGUAUUUUUUUGCUUUAAUUUCAAAGGACAUUAGAUCACUUUAUUUUCUUCAAACUCCUAAAGUGUGUUCCGUUUCUAUAUCUUAGAAUCCAAUGGAAUUCUAUAAACUAAAUUAUUAUGUAAUGUCACUAAUGUGAGUAUAUAUAUACUUAAGUCAGUAUGGAAGGUGUUUCUUUAUAUAAUUUCCCUUUUUCUGCAAUCAAAUUUGACUCAAAGCCACAGUAUUUGAUAAAUAUAAGUAUUUUGAAUAUAGAUACUGAAUUUUUUUCUCGUUGAUUUUGUUUAGUUUUUUUUAAGUCAUUAUUUUGUUUAACCAAAGAUUUUUAUGCUUCUUGUAAGUGUUAAGAAAACCGCCAUUGUAUAAUUUUGGUGUGUGCAUUAAAUCUUCAGGAUUUGCAAGGAGCUUAUACAGUGCCAAUAAUAUGUAUUUGAAUGAAUGAAAUGAAUUCAUGUUGUAUUUUUAAAAAAAAAAUAAAUGAUUGUUUUAACAGAGGAUGGCAAGACUUUCAUUUUUGUUGUUGAAACAUAGAGAAUAUGAAUAAUGAAAGUUGUGACAACAAAUUGAUAUAUUGUAAUAUUGUACAUUAUGAAAAUGAAAAAUAAAUAAAAUACAGUUAU